AUGAAGUACCUUCUUACCCUCUCUCUGGCCAUCCCCACCAUAUUGGCCACUCCUGCACCAGUCCCAGACGCGACUGCGAGCAGAGAGGUACAAGCCUGCGCCUGUAUCAACGCGAAAGGUGAAACCACGGUGAACGGCUACUGCGGGUACAUUCGCGGCCGCGGCGAACGUGUUAGCGGCGGGGAGCUUUGCUACCCUAGCGAUAAGUAUUCAGACUAUAUGCCGGACUACUUUACUGCCGACUUCUGCAAGAGCUACUAUCCGGGCUACAACGACCGCGUGUGCAAGACUAAGACUGUCUGCCCGCUUAUUGGAGACUACUGGGUUCCCUGUUGA